UGCAAGAGCGACACCGUAACCAUGGCGACGGAUAACUCUGGGUUCCGGGAAGACGAAAUUUUUAUCAAACAUUUCAAGAUUAUUGCUAAUACCGAAUCAGGAGCUUGAUCAAAGGGAAUGAAUUCUUGCCAUAUACUUGGUUAAUGUAACGUUGCCUUGAAAGCACUGUAGGACCAAGGCUACAAAGAGGACUGAAGCAGAAUGGUUAGAUUUAUUUUCUUUGCAAACUUUUGAGUGUCCAAUCCCAUCCCAUCCCACUGGCUCAGGGGGACCUGUGGGAAACCAGGGUUGUGGAAUGAAGACAAAUAUAGUCGACUUGUUUCCAAUAUGAAGCCUAGCUAGCACAAUUAAGAGUAAGAAAAUAGAGAAAGCCUGCUGAGUAAUUAUGUUAUUGUAUGUGGCUCUUUUCUUCCUGAUCACAGGAAAUAGGGAAGUCUUCUGCUCAUCAGGUCAUCCAAAUAUCUUACUAAUAGUGGUGGACGACCUACGGCCUAGCCUCGGUUGCUAUGGAGAUCCGGUGGCUUUGACGCCAAAUAUUGAUGCUCUGGCUCAACAAGGAGUCCUCUUCACAAAAGCAUUUGCACAGCAAGCUCUUUGCGGCCCAAGUCGUACCUCCUUUCUCACGUCAAGGAGGCCAGAUACCACAAGAUUGUAUGAUGUGCAUUCCUAUUGGAGGAACCAUGCUGGGAAUUUCACAACAUUGCCUCAGUACUUCAAAGAACAUGGCUACCACACUGUGUCUGCUGGAAAAAUAUUCCACCCAGGUAUUGUGAGUAACAAAAGUGAUGACCAACCCUAUAGCUGGUCCGAAACACCUUAUCAUCCACCUACACAGGCUUAUAAACAAGAGCCAGUGUGCUUAGGUGCCGAUGGCAGAUUAUACACCGACAUCUAUUGUCCCGUUCAGGUUGAACAGCAGCCAGGCGGAUCAUUGCCUGAUAUCCAGAGUACAGAAUUUGCUACUUCUUGGUUGCAAAAAUGGGCUCUAAAACAAGAAUCCAAGAGUGAUAAUGAAAAACAACCAUUUUUCCUUGCUGUUGGUUAUCAUAAGCCUCACAUUCCUCUUAAGUUUCCAUUGGAGUUCUUGGAUGCGUAUCCUAUUGCAAACAUACCACUUGCCCCAAACAGGAAGCGACCUCCAGGUUUGCCUACAGUUGCUUGGAAUCCUUGGAACGAUCUCAGGCGACGACAUGACAUAAGUGCACUCAAUCUAUCCUUUCCUUAUGGCCCCAUGCCAGAUUCUUAUGCAAGGUAUAUAAGACAAGGAUACUAUGCUGCCACAACCUACACAGAUUCUCUUGUGGGUGAUCUUCUUGCCACGGUCAGCAGUCUUUUUCCAGACACUGUUGUUGCUCUCAUUGGAGACCAUGGCUGGGCUCUUGGUGAGCAUCAGGAAUGGUCAAAGUUUAGCAAUUUUGAAGUUGCAACAAGAGUCCCAUUUAUAGUUUCUAGAUUAAACCAUCAAUCAGCCUCUCUGUUCACUGGAUUUAGCAAAAUAUUUAAGAAGAUUUCUAAUUUAUACAAAACACACUUGAAAUCAAGCUUGUCAGACAAGACAGAAAUGAGGUCCUUCAAGAAAAAUAAGGAUUUUGAGUCUUCAUUCAUGAAUGGUAUAAGUCUUCAGGUGAAUAAUGGUCUGGUAGAGCUUGUUGAUCUUUUUCCAACAGUGGUAGACCUGGCUGGAAUACCUGCUCUUUUUCCGUGUCCUGAUGAUUCCAGGGAGAUUAAGGUUUGCACUGAGGGUAGUAGCCUGUCUCCUCUAAUCAAGAAAGCAUGGGGCUUUGAUCGUAGCUCAUAUUCUAAUGUCACACAACUAGAAAGAAAACAUCAAGACAACUAUGGGGAAGGUUUAAUCAGUGUAAAGAUGGCAGAUAACCUACAAGGAAAGAGAGCUGCAUUUAGUCAGUACCCUCGACCAGGCCUCCACCCUUCAGCAGACCCAGACACUGACCAACCUCGUCUACGUGACAUUAAGGUCAUGGGCUAUUCCAUGAGGACAAGUCGCUAUAGGUACACAGUUUGGCUUAACUUUAACAAUGCCACAUUCAUGCCCGAUUGGGACCAUAUUAUUUCUGAGGAGCUUUAUGACCAUGAAGUUGACCCAGAUGAGAACUUUAAUCUUUGCUGGAAAAAAUUAUAUAGAGAAAAGAAGAAGCAUCUUAAAAGGAUCUUUAUGCAGGGUUGGAGACAUUCAUUUCAAAUGCCAAGAUGAAGCUAAGAAUUAUUUUUCAUUCUUUUGUCACUGUCAACCAUUGUAUCUAGUGUAAUUAAAUGUAAUACUAAAUAUA